AUGGCUGUCACAUACCUCUUUGUGUGGUUACUGCUAAUUCUCAUCCUGAACUUGGCCGUGGUCACUGAUGAGCCACAUGAAACCACACCUGACCGCAUGCAGCAGCUUUUGGGGCUGCUGAACCAGGAGAUGGUUUGGCUGCUGCAGAAGGUGAAGCAGCUGAGGCAAGAGGAGAGCAAGGGGCAGAGUUACGUGGUCUGGAGAACCCUGCUCUUUGCCUUGCAGCACUGGCAAUUGGGUCUGAUUGCUGGCGUCCUGCUCGUCCUGAGUGUCAGACUGUACUGGUGGCUCAGGAAAAGAAGCCAUGAGGAGGACAGCAGCAGUGACGAGGAGAGCAGCAGCAGUGAUGAGGAGAGCUCUAGCUCUGAGGAGGAAGAGCAGGAGGAGGCAGAGACUGAAGGAGAGGAUGCCGAUGGUGAGAGAGAUGUGGGCAGUUAUUUUGCAAGGCGCAUCAGGUGGCCAGUGCGGAAACUGCAAGACGAGAGCAAUUUGGUGUUCCUGCUGGUGGGUAGCCUCAUCCGUGCUUCUCGACGGCACUUGUCAAGUGAUUUCUUCCCAGUGCUGGAAGCAGCCAUCGGGGUGGGCAGUGCCUUUGAAUGCUGGAGUCCCCAUGAAGAUGACGCUGUCUACCGUCUGCUUGUGCCCCUGAGGCCCCCCCGUGGGCACGCCUUCCACCUGGAGGCGGGUGCCGUGGGCCAGAGGCUGCUGGACUUCUGCAUCCGUGUGGAACUGGUGUGCACAUGCAGGACGGAGGAGACAUUGGGGGACACGCUGUGCUUCCAUCACCACCCCGAGGAGGCACUGAGGAAGAAUCAGAAGCCCAGCCUCCUACACACCCUCUGCACCGGCUCCUACCUAGAUGUGCAGAAGACUGCCGUAUGGCUUCAGGACUUUGUGAGUUCAGCCUGGGAGUUUCUGCCUCAGUCACGUCACUACAGUAUGAAGGUGCUGCCUUCCAGCCGCUCCUGCAAGCUGCAGCUGAUACAUAUCUCUGGGAGAACCUUGCUCAUUGAGAUGAUGCCUGGCGUGCAGCAAGGCAACUCAGACAUCUUUGUGAGCAGCCAGGCUACAGAGGCUCUCUGUACCUCAAGCACAACAUGGUCACUGAGCUCCAGCGUGGCAGAGGCAAAGUUCUUCCGGUUGAUGGCCAGGGAGGUCCCAGCUGACAGCUUCCACCUCAACUGCCUGCAACUCUGCACCCGGAUGCUGACGGGCACAGGAUUUUCCAGCUAUACCUUUAAGACAGUGGUGAUGCACCUCCUGACUACCAGGCCCCUGGCAGGCUGGCGCAGGACGGAUUUCCUUUUGCGGCUGGAAGACAUCAUCCUGGGUUUCCGUUGCUGCCUGGAGGGGAAACGACUCAACCACUUCUUCUUUGGUAACGAGACCAUUCCCGAAGAGAUCAUCUUGCCCCCGGCCUUGCAAAGAGCUGAGCCACUGAACCCUUCUUAG